AUGAUGACAAGAUUGAUAAUUUUAAUUCUUAUUUCAACAUAUACGGUAUUAGCUGCGAAGGUAAAUCCCUUGCCAAUACCUAGGAAUAUUACAUGGAAUGGUGAUUCAGCUAUAAAGUUUGACGAAAGGAUGCAAUUGAAUAUUAGUGUGGAAAAUACCAUUAUUAAGAAUGCAUUCCAUAGGACACUCAACACUAUAAGGGAGUUGAAAUGGAUACCAGCAGCAAUUGAAGUGGAAUAUGCUCAGAAUAAGCCAACAAGUCAAACUGUCAUUGAUAAAGCAAACGUAUCUACAGUAAACCAGGUAGACUUAGUAAUAAACGAUUAUAAUGCUCCGUUACAAUUGGGUAUAAAUGAAACCUACGAGUUGAAAGUUGACGAUUUGCUGCCAGCAAUAGUGAUAAGAUCAGAGACAAUAUGGGGUGCGUUACACGCAUUUAGCACAUUACAACAGUUAAUAAUAUUUGAUGAACUAGAGCAGCUGUAUUAUAUAGAAGGACCGGUGUAUAUAUGGGAUACCCCAAUUUAUCAGCAUAGAGGGUUGAUGAUUGAUACAGGGAGGAAUUUUCUAACGGUGAAGUCUAUAUUAGAACAAAUUGAUGUAAUGUCUUUAAGUAAAAUGAAUUCUUUGCAUUGGCACUUAGAAGACUCCCAGUCCUGGCCCGUGGCUAUUUCGAGUUAUCCAGAAAUGACGAAGGAUGCUUAUUCAAAUAACGAAAUAUAUACUCCAGAUGAAAUAAGACACAUAGUACAAUAUUCAAUGGAGCGAGGUGUCAGAAUCAUACCAGAAAUAGACAUACCGGGACACGCAAGAGCUGGCUGGAGGCAGAUUGAUAAUGAUAUUAUUACAUGUGGGGACGUAUCGUGGACUUAUAACACUGCGGUAGAGCCACCGGCGGGACAACUAGAUAUUGCAUAUAAUUUCACAUAUACCGUUGUUAAAAAAGUUUAUGAUGAAAUAAGCUCUUUAUUUAAGGAUGCUGUGUUUCAUAUCGGUGGAGAUGAAGUUAAUGAAGCUUGUUACAAUCACUCAAAAUACGUCCAAGAAUGGUACGGUAGAAAUUCAUCAUUGACAAUUAAGGAUUUAAUGCAGCACUGGUUAGACAAGGGUUUACCUAUAUUUAGGAACCACAAGGGAAGACGGUUGACAAUGUGGGAAGAUAUUGUAACUGGCAAUAAUAGUGCCAUUAAUAUCCCCAGGGAUGUGAUUUUGCAAUGCUGGAGUAACGGUGCAGAUAGUAUCAAGAAGCUAACCAAUAUGGGAUAUGACAUUAUUGUAUCAUCUGCAUCUCAUUUAUAUUUAGAUUGUGGAUACGGAGGAUUUGUUACUAAUGAUCCGAGAUAUGUUGAUUCAGACCACAAUGAAGAAUUUAAUCAAGGAAGUGGUGGCUCUUGGUGUAAUCCUUAUAAGACCUGGCAGAGAAUUUAUUCUUACGACUUUGCUGCAAAUUUGACCCAAGAAGAAAAGCAACAUAUUAUAGGAGUUGAGGCAGCACUAUGGUCCGAGCAGGUUGAUAGUAUAGUCGUGAGCCAAAAAAUAUGGCCAAGGACGGCUGCUCUUGCAGAACUUACAUGGAGUGGAAACAAAGAUGUUGAAACAGGAAAAUUAAGAACAAAUUCAUUAACUCAACGCCUUCUUAAUUUUAGAGAGUAUUUGGUUGCUAUAGGAUAUAAUGCAAGUCCUCUAGUACCCAAAUACUGCAUGAGGAACCCCCAUGCUUGUGAUAUUCAAAGUAGUUAG